ACAAAUUGACACAUACGCAGCAACUUUUGUUGAAGUCUCGUGAGAAUUCCACGCUGGAAAGUGUCAUGGAGUCUUUCUAAAAUUGUUUUAGCUUUAAAAGAAAAUAACUACGUUUUUGUCGUAAUUACGCAUAAUGGGACUUUGCAAAUGUCCCAAAAGGAAAGUCACAAACCUCUUUUGCUUUGAGCACAGAGUAAAUGUUUGUGAAAACUGUCUGGUUACCAAUCAUCAACAGUGUAUCGUCCAGUCAUAUCUACACUGGCUUCAGGACAGUGACUACAGUCCACUGUGUACUCUCUGCAACCAACAGCUCAGUGAUGAAGAUGCUGGUCCAUGUGUUAGACUGGUAUGUUAUGAUUUGUUUCACUGGAAUUGCUUGGAUCGCUAUGCCCAGCAGAUGCCAGCUCACACUGCCCCAGCAGGUUACACAUGCCCAACAUGCAAGGUGGGGAUUUUCCCUCCACCCAACUUGAUCUCACCUGUAGCAGAUGUUCUCAGAAACUUACUGUCAAAGGUCAACUGGGCCCGAGCGGGACUUGGAUUACCAUUAAUUGAAGAACCUAACAUUCCUGUUCCGUCUGAGAAAGCAUUAAAAGACACACCACAGGAGAAAGUUGUGCCUUUAAGAGCAGAAGCGGCUCUUAAUGCAUCACCUGCAGUCGGUGCUCCCCCUAGUGUGAGCGUACCACCUGCACCCCUUGCUUCACCACCCAACUAUACUCGGCCCAGUGCUCAGGUUCCGCCGUAUACAAGCACUCCAACAGUUGCUCAUGGCAACCAUGGCUCAGCUCACAGUGUUAUUGGUGUCGACACGGGGGCAACCUCCAGAGUGCAGGAUAGAACUACAGGAUAUGGUGUUGAUCCACGAAAGUUGUUUGAUUCUACAAAAGGUGAUGACAUAUUCAACAUGUCUCAUGACCACGACGAGGACAAAUACAAAAGAAGAUCUGCUUUCAACUGGCUGGCAAAAUGGUUCAAGUCUAUAGACAAGAAGAGAAAAAAGGACCCCAAUGCUGUAAGGAAGAGAUUUCUGAUGGUGCUUCUUCUUGGGAUUAUUGGUUUUAUUACAUUUGUUGUUAUAUUAUCAAAACUUGGCAGAGAUUCUGCAGAAAAUGAUCCAUUCCUGGACCCAUUGGCGAAUCCAAACAUCCGAAAUCAAGAAGCCAAUCAGCCUGCUGGUUGACCUAACAGCGGACUAUUCUUUUGGACCAAUACUCAUAGCAUGGACAGUAAAUGGUCAUUGGGUUGUCGAGGACAUCUGGAUAAAUUAUAAUACAGCUGUUUGUUGACUCAUAUUUUUAUGUUAUUCUCAAGGUUUUGUUUAUUGACUUCUUUGUCAUUUCUGGGAGAAAUUUGUGUUGUAUGAAUGUUGUUGAGUUGGGGAUAAACAUGUCUUGAGAAUAUGCUAAUUUCAUUAUACUGUUCAGUUACAGUAUUUACUAGCAAAAUAUGGCAAAAUAAAAACAAAAUUUCCCUUCAGUUAAAAGCUAUAUUCCCAAGAACGAAGUCUAGAAAUAUUAAAAAAACCCAAAACAUCCUGGUUCUAAAAUAAAUCUGGCAAUAAGAUAAUAGAAUGGUGAAUAAAUCAUCUCUACAUAAAAGUAAUUGGUUUCUAUUGUUACCUUUGACAUUUAAUAAUAAAAAACAAAUUAUCAUUUAUAAGCAAUUGUUUUCGGAUGUUUAAAUGUUCUUAGGACAGUAUUGGAAUACUGAUAUUUAAAAAAUAUUUAUUAGAAUUUAGUUAAACAUAGUAUUAUAAUAUUCUGUAGACACAUGUAUGGGUUUACCAAGGUUUGAUGUUUACCUUUUUACCAAGCAGUGGUCAGAAAACUGAAAGCAAAUUGAGAUAGUCUGCCAAUGUUUUAGAUGGGGAACACAUUUACCUGCAUCUAAAAUACUGUUAUUGUAAUAUAUGACCAUAUAAGCAUAUUAAACUUUUUGUGUCCGUGCUGGAAUGACGUCAGUGACUGAGGCUUUUUGAAAUGUCAAACUAAUAGCGAUACACAACACACCUUCAUAUCCAUAAUGUAAUUAAAUUGAUUGUUCACCAUCAAACUAUCAAAGGGUUAAAAAAGAAAAUUGCUAAAUUGGUGUCUUAAACAACAAAGUAGGUAUGAUAAUCAGACCUUUGACAGUUAAAUCAUUGUUUCAUCUGCUAGUCACAUAUUAAAUUUAGGGCAUAUAUAAUAUUAUUAUUAUACAUACAUGGAUGGAUGCAAUCUGUUAUGCAAAAUAAAAUAGUUUAGGAAAAUGUCCAGUCCUCCGGGGGCUGUGAUAUGUGUUAAAUGCAGAUUUAGCUUACAGUGCUAAUAAAUAGUACUAAUAGUAGAUUUUAGAGAAUGAAGUAGUCGAUGGCAAUGCAAAUUGCAUUAUGCAAUCCCAUUAAAACACAUUGCUUGCUGUAAAACUAAUAUUUUAGGAUGUAUUAUACAUUGUAGUUUCUUUCAUACCCGCACAUAUAAGAUAAACAGUCCUUAUAAUAAAACCAAUAUGUGAUAUGUUAUGAUUGACAACACAGGACCAUGUUUAUUUACAUAAGGGAGAUUACCUGUUGGCUUGAGUUGUUGUCUUAAGUUAUUAUCUAAGGCAUGAGAGAAAAAUAAUCAAUAGUGCCUAAAGAAUGAAAGAUAAAUAAUCAGUCACAUGCAUCAUAUGUGACUAGCACAAGUCUAAUUCCAAAAUGAAAUUUCUACCAUUUAGGGUGUAUUCCACAUAACCAUACAAUUUAUUGUUAUAUUUUUAGCUGGUUUUAAAAUCUUUUGACAAUGCUACCAGGUUUCAGGUAGUUUCAGGUGAACAAACUAGAAUUAUGAUUUAGUCCCUAGUUUAGUGUUUUGUUUAUAUAUACACUAGGGCCUCCACGAGUUGGACUCUAGUGUCAAGCAUGGAUGUCAAAUCAUGCCCUUGUAUUGCAUUCCACAUAUUCAACUUUUGUUUUCAUAGCCCUAUAAUAUAACCGGUGGUAAGCAUAUGGCAAAAAUAUAUUAAAUGAGAAUGCUCAUCCUUUGCACUGGUCCUGUGAACGGACUAGUGUCUUGCUAGACUCGGCCAGUACAGUACUUGUGGAGACCCUUGUAAAAGUGAUGUGUAAAACAUACAUGUACUUAUUAAGUCGAUAUUAUUGUACAUAGUGUAAUAAAUAUGUUUGUAUGUCACAUGGUACAAUUUCAUUAGUUAUGUGAUAUUGUUAAUACUCUGUAUAUAGCGGAAUAUUAUAUCUGAAGAAAUGUAUUCAUGGGAGCUUUGUUGCAAAACCUUCUUUUUUCCCCCAACAAUAUUUGUGUGAAUAUUGUGAACUAAUAGCAGUUUUAUAUUUAUUAAAUUAUAAUAAACUGUAAUUUUAGUGUCACAUGUAUUGGGUGGUUCAUGAAUUUGAAUAAUGAACCAAAUUAUAAAUGUUUUUUGACUAAUUAUUUGGAUUAAAAUAUUAAUAUAUUUUGAAUUUAGUUUUUUGGCACAACUUGUUAUAACCAACCAACAAAUACACGUCCUCUAGAGGAGCAAUGUUUCAGUAUGAUCAAGACAGAAUACUAAACUAUGAGUUUAAUAUUCUAUGUAUUAAAAUGAGUCUACCAUGCUACUGCUAGUCUGGUUUACUUAUUUUGAAAUAAUUAAUAUUUAUAUUCAUUUACUUUCCUUGACCGUUUCAUUAAAAACAAUUGGAACAAUUUUUUUUUUUUAAUGUAAGAUCUUCACAUUUUCAAGGAAUAGGGAGAAGAAUCUCAUUGAUUUCUCAGUUAUAUUGUAACAGUGGUGUGUAAACAAGUCAAAACACCUUCACCCCAGCUGAUACUUUACACGGCACAGUAAUGUCUAGCACCACUCACAUUUAUAUUCACACAUUCAUAUGAAGACACUGAAAGUACAUUAUUGUAUAGCAUGAUGCAUGUGAGAAUAGAAUUAAUAAUAGGGUAAUAUUUGCCUUUAUCUCGAUCUAUGCCAGCAUGCAUAUUUUGAAUUCAAGUACCCAAGGACUAUUCAAAGUGAUAUAAUUUAUUAUGUUUGCUAUCCAAACAUGCAUUUAAAACUAUUUUGUUCAGAAUGUCAUUUGGUUAAUUCUGUAAUAUUUUGCUGAAAUAAAUGUCCAUUGAUGCACA